AUGCUGCUCGAGAAGACCUCGUCGACCUCCAUCACCACGCUCGUCACGCCUACCAAGUCUGCCAGGGACAAGGGAUGGCUUCGUAACCGCCGGCAGACUGACCCCUUGAUCAGGGAGCCCGUCCAGCUGCCGCAGCCUCGACCCAACAGACACUCCAUCGACGCUGCAAACGCGAACGCCAACGCCGGCCGUCACUCUAACCAGCAGUCCAGCUCGUCGCCGCUCAGCUCAGAGAGCUUUUCCAACCCGGCGCUGGCCUCGUUCUCGCCCCGGAAGACCAAUAUCCAUACGCCGUCGCGGCCGUCAUCACAUCAGUACCCAUAUCAAUACCAGCUUCACCACAGCAACAGCAACAGCAACAACUCCUCAACCAUCAACUCGCCUACGCCCUCACACCACCCGCACCAGCUCUUCUACACGCCCACGCCUCUCAGACAGGGAGACCAGGACCAGUACCUACAGACGCCGUCUCGGCUCGCUGAAGAACCGCCGCCUCCAUCCAGCAGCCCGAACAUCCGCCAUAUCACCACUUCCUUUAUCAACACAAACACCAGUCUCACCAGCCCCGUCUCCCCCGACAGCAACAAUAACAGUUUCAGCCAUAGUCAUAGCCACAGCUUCCAUUUCACGCCCGCAAAGGACUCCAAGUCUCCGCAUUAUAAGCGAGCUCCCGCUUCUCGCAGCAGUCUGGGCAUAGAGACUGCGUCGGGGCCUCCGCCAGCCCUGAGUACACAGCAGCGGAGCGUUGCGCAGGACAAGCAACCGUGGCAACUCGUGUCGACCGCUGAUCCGCCACUGACGCGCAGGCCGACUUCAGAUUCGACUUCUGCGUCCGCUUCGGCCUCGCUGGAUUCAGAUCCAAAAUCGAACUACUCAAGCGCCGGUACAAGCACAUGCCUGGACCUGCUCCCGCGCAAGGAGGAGUCUAAUACCAACAACAGCAUCAACAGCAGCAACAACUUUUCCACCAACAACAACAGCUUUAGUAACGGCAAUACAAACACAAAUACCAAUAAAAAUAACAAUACAAAGACAAAUACCAACAACAAGAUUAAUACCACCAUGUCAACAGGUAGGGACCGGAGCCUACGCGCUUCAGUCUCGAUGGAAGAGAGUACGGAUAGAGAUAGAGAUGCGCAUUUUGGUGGUACCAGCAGAGAUUCUCCGCGGGGAUCCAAGGUCGAGGACCUUUUUCUGAAUAUAGCGCAGUCUUCAAGCCGACUGAGCACAGAUUCCAAAGCUAGACGGAGGUCAAAGUUCAGUCUCUCUUCCAGAGCAAAGACGACUGAAGAUACCCCUUCCCCUGACAGAGGCCACUACUCCUCCUUUUCUCAGGAUGCCUCACCGAGGGGCAAUUAUGAGCUCCCUACUUCCAGAGUGCCCGCUUCAGCCCAUCCACUAGACGAAGCUGGUCGUUCUCGGUUCUUCAGUGGCUCUGGCUCAGGUUCGACAAUUGGGCGCACAAGGCCGGCACGCUUGAAUCAUGAAAUGUCCCCUGAGCCUCCGCAGCGCUAUAUGGCAGACAGACGCGACUCUGUUCCAGACUUUGUUCACAAAAAACCAUAUAAAUCCAGUCUUGCCAGUUCUCGCAAGUCUCGCGCAAUGACAAGCUAUGAUGCAGCAACGGAUCGGAACAUAGGGACGGACACAACAACAAAGUCCAAGAAUGAUGGCACAGAAUCCACUAUGUCAACUACAGCUCCAUCGACCGUCUGGGACGAACUAGAUGAUCUAAAAUCGCGCAUUCGAAAGCUGGAAUUGACGGGCAAACUCCCUUGCUUCGUCCGCUGCAGCCAUGUUCUCAUUGGCAGGGGAGCGACCCCGAACGGCCACGACGACGGUAACAACGAUCCGGCUUUCACCGUCAGCCAAGUUCAUCCUCUCCUCCACACUGCGCUGGCCAAGGCAAAACCUGUUCUGAACAACGAAGUCUACCAAGCUCUAGAGUCUACGGCGACGGAUGCUAUCAACUUAUCCACUGCCUUGGCCUCGAGCAUGCCACAUACCAGUAGCAUGUCCGUCGUCACUUCGGCCAGUACUCCAGACCGCGUCCUACGUCGAAAGGCAGAUAGCGUAUGUCGAGGCCUUACCGAGCUAUGUCUUGCGCUCUCCGAGGACAAACUGCGGCCCGCUACCACCUCCAGAUCAAGACCUGUGAGCCGGGACGCUACCACCGUGAAGAUCUUUUCAGCAGGCGACGGCGAGCCUGGGGCAUCAUACCGUCGAAGCAUCAGCCAUGAACCCGAGGAGUUCAACUUCAGCCGCCUUCAAUCAUCCCUCAACCGCGACUCUCACAGUCGACGGACCAGCACCCUUAAUCUCUCUCCUAGCAUGACGACCCUAAAAGCAUCACCAUCCCAAGAGGUACCAGACCAAUCAACGACACAUCUAACGACCCCUUCUCAGUCACGAGUCAACCGCCGCUCGUCGCUACUCCGUAGUAGACGACAGGAACAAGAAGAGUACGACACCAAGCUCCAGCCUACCACAAACGGCUCUCUGCGCCCCGUCACUCGCUCCAUGACUGUGACGGACAGCAUGCAUAUGGGCAGAGACCGCUUCCACCGCUCAUCCCGCGAGUGCACACCCGAAUACGCCAACCUCCAGCAAGAAAACUCCCCAAGCAAUCAGCACACUCGCACUCCUGCAUUCCGAGCCACAACCACCACCACUACAUCAGCUACACCAUCUCACUCUGGAAUCCCACUCCGUCGAUCAUUCCUCUCAACUUCGAACAACGUUAUAACAGGCCCAUCUGUAUCCAUACAGCCUGGUUCCCGCCGUUACGGAAGUGGCCAACCAACCAUCCGGGCUGUCAUUGACGACUACUCUGGUCCCAGGACCAGUCUUGGUGGUGGUGGUGGUGGUGUAGAAGAUGAUUCCCCUCAGCAGCGGAGUGCGGGAAGGACAAUUCCACAGUUCUCUCGUCGCCCUCGAACGAAUAGCCUGGGUACUGGGCGGGCUCCUCCCAUUACACUCAGCACUCGACGGACCUUCGAGGGUACCCCUGGACGAUAA